CAUGUUGGCCGUGAGGGGAAGCGGCGGCCCGGACCCCGCCAAGAUGGAGGCGCGGAGCCCUCGGGGGGUUUAGGGGUCCCGUCCCCCCCCCCGACCCCCGGCCCAGGGCCGCCCGGGGCCCAUGGAGCGGUUGUAGGGUGCUGUGAGCAGCUGAUCACUGCCACCAUGACCUCCCCCAGCCCUGCCCAGCACCCAGCAGCUGAGAGCUCCUGCAGGAUCACUCUGGGACAAGCUAACCAGGUGAGGCCCACACUGCCACUCCUGAGGAUUCUGCAGGCAGCAGGAGCCCAAGGAGACACCUUCACCCUCAAGGAGGUGAUGCAUUACCUGGGCCAGUACAUCAUGGUGAGGCAGCUCUACGACAAAAGGCAGCAGCACAUGGUCUAUUGUGGAGGGGAUCAGCUGGGAGAGCUGCUGGGCCUGGACAGCUUCUCUGUAAAAGAUCCAAGCCCCCUGUAUGACAUGUUGAAACGGAACCUGACGGCGGCUGCGCUCACAGAUGCUGCACAGACUCUCCCAAAGGAGCAGAGCGUCGAUAAGCCAAGCCAAGACCAGCUGAAGCUCAGCCAGGAGGAAGGUUCUGGUGCUGGGAGCGCUGCGGGGGAGGAGAGCAAGGCCUCUGCUUUGUCUACCUCAGAGCAGAACUGUGACACUCAUCAAGACAAAGACUUAAUAGAAAACCUCUCUAAAAGCAAGAAGCCUAAACUGGACCUAGUGUUUGAGGAAUGGGAUGUAGCUGGUCUUCCAUGGUGGUUUUUAGGCAACCUCAGAAGCAAUUACAAGUCCAGAAGUAAUGGAUCAACAGAUAUUCAGACUAACCAGGACAUUGACACUGCCAUUGUUUCGGAUACUACUGACGACCUGUGGUUCCUCAACGAGUGCCCCUUGGACCAGGGCAGUGCUGGGCUCAAGGUGGAGGUGCUUGACUGUGAGGAAGUGAAAGAAGGUGACACAAAGGUGACUGAGGAUGUGUGUUUGAAUGACUUUGAGGACUCUCAGUGCUUGAGUGAUGACACGGACACAGAAGCUGCUUCUGAGGACUGCUGGCAAUGCACCAAGUGCAAGAAGUUCAACUCCCCGGGCAAACGGUACUGCUACCGCUGCUGGGCCCUGCGCAAGGGCUGGUACUCAGACUGGCCCAGGCUGGCCCACUCCCUCUCCCUGUCCAGCAUUGCUGCCAGGAAAAACAAGGAGGAGGAAGAGGAGGAUGAGGGCAUAGACGUGCCAGACUGCAAAAGGACCCUGUCGGCUCCGGCCGGGCAGCCCACCCGUGUCUUCAGGGUGGAGACCAAACCCCCCUGCGGCUCCAUCGAGUCUCUGGACCUGGCACGGGCCCAUGAGAGCAAAGAGUCUCUGCUGAGCUUCGCUGAGAGUAAAAAGGAGGAAGAAAUCGAGUCUCUGGAGAGUAUAAAAACCCUGCUGAACCCCUGCUUCCUGUGCCAGCACCGGCCCCGCGACGGCAACAUCGUCCACGGCAGGACUGCUCACCUCGUGGCCUGCUUCAGGUGUGCCAGGAUGCUGAAGAAAAGGAGAUCCCCCUGCCCAGUGUGCAGGAAGGAGAUCGAGAUGGUCAUCAGGAUCUUCAUGGGGUAGCUGGGCCACUCCAGGCCUUUCUCCUCCAAGAAGGAGCCAGCAGGUUUCUUGCACUUAAGCCCCAGUUUCAGAGCUCAGCCAAUGAAAGCCAAAGAGAAUUAAUAUUGCAGCCUGCCCAAGCACGCUGAGGAGUCUCUGCAGUGCCCCCCUUCCCGUGCCCCUGGAGAUUAAAGUCUGUAGGGAACAGGGAGGGACACGCUGGUGUCAGUGCCCCAGCCUGCAGCU